AUGGUCUCUACUCGACGGUCCAACUUCCCGUCACCUCCACCAAAUGCAGCAUUGGCCAACGCUCUUCCGGACGAUCCGCCGCCGCCACCACCACCACCACCAAACAAACCUGCAAAUCACAAUGAAGAAUCCCAAGUUGCCCAAUUGAAGACUAUCAAUCCCAACCGGACUUGUCAGAAAAAAUCAACGGCGAUUGAGGCUCUAGAAGAUCAACAUCAACCCCAGCAGAAGACCGAGGCACUACCUCCGAAAGCGCUGUCUCCAGGAAUUCAGGAUGACACCGCCCCUGGUCUAACAGCGUCUCACAGUGCAGAUCCGGAUGCCCCUGACGUCGAGUCCUUUGCAGCAGCAAUGUCCUCGGCUCGUCUACAGAGGGAACAGGAAGGGCUUGUUACCUCCGCACUUAAGCGGAAGCGAAAAAGUCGUCGUCGUGCUCGAUUGCUUCUGUCACCGGAGAGUGAACAGAAUAAGACGCUAUCAUAUCACGAGCGUUCACUUUACCACGACACCCCGCCACGGGUACUUUCCGCAGAAGUGCUACAAGCCGUACAAGGGACUAUCGGUGCACAUCAAAGCAGUAAAAACGCGCGGCGCACGGAAGCGAGAUUGAAGAAUCAGAAACGAAAACGGGCAUCUCCAAGGAGCACAACACUUUUGAAAGAUGGAGGGGUUGCACUUGCACUUGCAGGGCGGCAAAAAAUAGUCUCUAUAACGGCAAAUAGAAAAGCUGGCCCAGCCUCGUUUCUACAAACCAGUUUAAGCAAACAAGGUUCGCGACGCGUUUCAGCAGCGAUGGUCGCCAGGAUCGCCAAAACAGCCGAAUGGUGA